CAUUUUUGACAUUCGCAUUUUGAUUAGCCCAUCGGACUGUUUAUAAAGCCGCGGUGCCGAAACGAAAUAAACCGUGUAAUGUAAACCGAACGAAAACGAUGCGAUAUUAGUGCAUUAUGCGUCCGUCGUCACGAUCAACCUGAAACGACGAACCGACAUUCAUAACCGGUGCGAAUUUACAAUCCCCACAACACGAAUCGGCAAGUGAUUUCAAUUUUCCACACGAUCCGGACAUUUGGCCGAAAUAUGCGGGACCUUCGACGAGUCUCGAGGACGGAAACCGCACACGCAUGAAAUACGAAAAACGAAUAAUACUGUGUUUAUCGAUUAUUUCGGGGGCGACCUGUUGUUGUGGUUGGUUUUGCGGUGUUUUUCGAAAAUACACUGUGACGUAAUUCGCGAGGUAUGAAAUAUCGAAGGGUUCGAUCCCUGUGAAUUAUGGAGAACGUACAAUUUUUAAUAAGGAAUUGGUACCUAGUACCAAAAGGACUGUUUAGGCUGUGUUUUAUAUUAGUGAACAAUGCAUACUGCAUACCGACGUACGUCGUUUGGAUGCUGCUGCUUUUCCCGUUACGAAAAGUCAAUCCGGACGUUUAUUGGCGCAUUGAGGGUUACUUUUUCCACUGGCUAUUAGCCAUGGUUUCCAUGUGGAGCUGGUCAGCCGGUUAUGAUGUUGUCGAAAUUGGAGACAACAUAGCAAAAUGCAUGGACGAACGUACGCUGAUAAUAGCGAACCACCAGUCGACCGGAGACGUGCCGCUUUUGAUGGCCACAUUCAACACCCGCAAACAGAUUUUACCCAACAUCAUGUGGAUCAUGGACAGCCUGUUCAAAUACACAAACUUCGGGGUGGUCAGCGUUCUGCACCAAGAUUUCUUCAUCCGCUCUGGUAAGAACAGUAGGGACAAGUCACUGCAGGCCCUGGCCGACCACUUACUGGAGUCGUACCUGCCUAGAAAACGGAAGUGGAUGGUGCUGUUUCCCGAGGGCGGCUUCCUGCGCAAACGCAAGGCGGUGUCGCAGAAGUAUGCGGAGAAGAACCAACUGCCGAGGCUGGAGAACGUGACGAUACCCCGGGUGGGUGCGCUGCACAUCAUCAUGAACACAGUCGGCCCCAAGUCGGCCCAGAACAACAACCUGAUCGCCAAAGAAGCAACUCUCAAGAACGCCAAGCUGGAGUACAUACUGGACAUAACGAUAGCGUACCCGAAGGGCGAACCGAUUGGACUGGAUGCCAUUGUGUUCGGGCACAGGCCGCCCUGCCAGACCAUCGUCUUCUACCGCCUGUACAACGCCAAGUCGGUGCCGGAAGACAACGUCGCCCUCACCGAGUGGCUGAUGGAGCGGUGGGUCGAGAAGGAGCGGAUGUUGGAGCAAUAUUACAAGACGGGCGUGUUCCCGCCGGCGACGAGCGGGUUUGGGGAGGUGCCGCGGCAGCCCCAGAUCGUGGCCCAGGACUACCUGCGGUUCAUCAUCAUACACGUGUUCUUCAUCGCGUCCACGUACCUGCAUUUGCAGAUGUUCCAGGCGGCGUACGACUAUUGCAGCUAUCUGAUUUAUUAGCCCACUGUGCUCGCAUAUCUCGUCUGUCUGGUGCGGUACUAUAUGUAACACGUAACUUGCGGACGGAUGUGCGAGUUGAUUUGCGACGAAAGUCGGAGAUUUACAAAAAGAAGGCGGUUAAGAAAUAUGAAUUGAUAAGCAAUGAGAGGAGUUCACUUUGUGAAUUUAAAAAACUGUUUACAAUCGUAGAUAAUUAAGCUAAAUAUUAUGUAAAUAUUUACACACUUUUUAAUAACAUACUUUAUCAAUGUAUAUAAAUCUAAAUAAGUAAGUAGUUCUUGUAUAAACUAAGUUCUAAAAGUGUUUUUCUAUUUAAAUAUUUAUAAAUAAAUUAAACAGUUUUGUACUUUUUAGCAUAUACUUUUUAUUUCUAUAAAUUGCACAACAUACUUUUAAGGUUUACAAUCUGCUUUACUAAAUAUUUUUAUAGAGAAUUAAAUUAAAACUGUAUUUUCUAUUAUCAAACUAUAAAGGAAAUUAUAUAAAUUUGUUGCAAUAUUCUAUUCAUUACUAAUUCAGUUAUUUUGAUGUUAUUUAUAGUUAAUUUUUGCAGUAUUUUAAUUAACAUUUUUAACUCAACUAUUUGAAAUUACCAAUUUGAUCAUUAUGUAAAAUGUUAUGUAUGUUUAUGCUCAUUUACUGUUAAAAUGGUAUUUUAUUACUAUGCUUAAAAUUGCCAACAAAACAUCCAGUUAAUUCCCAUUAAAUUAAAAAUUCAUAGAUCUUAACCAGUUACCAAAGUCACGACUUUCGUUCGAACUUCGAAAAUGACCAAAUAUCAGUAACAUUGUAUAUGUGAGUUUCGAUUCGUUUUUUGUACAUAAUUCGAAUUAAUAAAAUAAAACAGACCCAUUAGUUCGAGGCUAAACACUAACCAAUUUAUGUGCGGCUUCCAAAAAAGUCGUGGCUCAAAACAAUAUUUUUACGGGCAUAUCACAGAACUCACUGUUUCCAUGUGCGUCACUGUUUAUAACGUUGUAAACUCGAUGUUGAUCGUUUAUUCUAGCUUGAUUGUGUGUAAGAAACUUUACACUUAGGACAAUUUUUUAUAAAUGUGUAUCACUUCUAAAAUAAAAUUGAUACUGUGAUGGUGCGUCGACGCUUUCGCGGUGUUUCGGGGUCCCUAAUUUAUUUUUGCGGUUUGUACAUAUUUAAAUCGAAAUGUCGCGAAAGCGUACGCAUCAUUUGGAAUUUUCGUGACAUUCUUUGAGGGCUUCCUUUAAAAUGCAAAAACGGAAAUUGAGUGGCCUCUUUACCACAGCUUAUAUUGUGAUAAUAGCAGCGAAUGUUGAUUGCACAAAACACAAAUUUUGAUUACGGCACAUUGUUUAUAAAUUAUUUUUGGUACUCGAUUUGCUAGGCCUAAGUUUUGUUUCCACCGGAAUUGGUACAGUAGUCGUGUUUUUUAUGUUGUAAUUGACAGAUUUUUUUGAAAUAUUUUGAAGUAAAUUGUUUUUUUUUA